UGCAUAAAAAUAGGAUUCAGAGGGUGUCUGAGCGUCCGCAUCGACUCCAAUCAUGCCUGAUGCUGUAGCAAAACCCGCGCCCAAGAAGGGCUCAAAGAAAGCCGUCUCCAAGACUGCCGUCAAGGGAGGCAAGAAACGCAGAAAGACCAGGAAGGAGAGUUACGCCAUCUACGUUUACAAGGUGCUGAAGCAGGUCCACCCCGACACUGGCAUCUCCUCCAAGGCGAUGGGAAUCAUGAACUCCUUCGUCAACGACAUCUUCGAGCGUAUCGCCGGUGAGGCCUCCCGCCUUGCUCACUACAACAAGCGCUCCACCAUCACCUCCCGGGAGAUCCAAACCGCCGUACGCCUGCUGCUCCCCGGUGAGCUGGCCAAGCACGCCGUGUCUGAGGGCACCAAGGCUGUGACAAAGUACACCAGCUCCAAGUAAACUCGACCCACGAAUGCAACCCAAACGGUCCUUUUAAGGACCACCCAAUUCCGCUUAAAAGAGCCUUCCUCCACUCAAUGAUCAUGUUCUCUACUGGAAAUGUUUAUACUGACUGAUGUAUAGGCUUCAAUUGUAUUUAUG